AUGGCGCUCCAACCUCCCACUCCCAAGCCUGCCACCAAGGCCGCAACCCAAGUUCCAUCUCCCAAGGGCCGCCUGCUCUUGGUCUCCAACAGACUUCCAAUUACCAUCAAGCGAUCUGAGGAUGGUCACUAUGAAUUUGCCAUGUCUUCGGGAGGCCUAGUCUCGGGUCUUUCUGGCCUCAGCAAGACCACCAAGUUCCAGUGGUAUGGCUGGCCGGGUCUCCAGGUUCCCAAGAAUGAAGCCGCGUCGCUCAACGCACGCCUUAACAAGGAGUACAGCGCGACGCCCGUGUUCAUGGAUGACGAGCUCAGCGAUCGCCACUACAAUGGCUUCUCCAACAGCAUCCUGUGGCCACUCUUCCACUACCACCCAGGUGAGAUCACAUUCGAUGAGCUUGCUUGGGAGGGCUAUGUGGAAGCCAAUCGUCUCUUCGCMAAAGCCAUCGCCAAGGACGUACAGGACAACGACCUCGUCUGGGUGCACGACUACCACCUCAUGCUCCUUCCCGCCAUGCUUCGCGAGGAAAUCAACAAGGCCGGACCGAACAGGGCCAAGAAUGUCAAGUUUGGCUUCUUCCUGCACACGCCGUUCCCAUCAUCCGAGAUCUACCGCAUCCUCCCGGUUCGCAACGAGAUCCUGGAGGGUGUGCUUCACUGCGACUUGAUCGGGUUCCACACGUACGACUAUGCUCGGCACUUUCUGUCGUCGUGCGCUCGUAUUCUGGGUCUCGCGACUACGCCCAACGGUGUCGAGUUCCAAGGCAAGCUGAUCACCGUUGGAGCAUUUCCCAUCGGCAUCGAACCAGACAAGUUUGUUCAAGGCCUCAAGAAGGACAGUGUCAUUCGGCGUAUCGAAUCUCUGAAGAAGAAAUUCGAUGGUGUCAAGAUUAUCGUCGGUGUUGACAGACUUGACUACAUCAAGGGCGUCCCGCAGAAGCUGCAUGCCCUCGAGGUGUUUCUUACCGAGCACCCGGAGUGGAUCGGCAAGGUCGUCCUCGUACAGGUCGCAGUGCCAUCUCGGCAGGACGUCGAAGAGUAUCAAAACCUCCGCGCCGUGGUCAACGAGCUCGUCGGCCGCAUCAACGGCAAGUUCGGCACGAUCGAGUUCAUGCCAAUCCACUUCAUGCACAAAUCUGUAAGCUUCGACGAGCUUGCCGCGCUGUAUGCCCUUUCCGACGUCUGCUUGGUCAGCUCUACCCGCGAUGGUAUGAACCUUGUUUCCUACGAGUACAUCGCUUGCCAGCAAGAACGCAACGGUGUUCUGAUCCUGUCGGAAUUCACUGGAGCCGCGCAGUCACUCAAUGGCGCUAUCGUCGUCAACCCGUGGAACACGGAGGAGCUAGCAGAUUCGAUCUACGACGCUGUCACCAUGGGCGCAGAGCAGCGUCUGAUCAACUACCAGAAGCUCGCCAAAUACGUCAACAAGUACAMGUCGGCCUGGUGGGGGGAGAGCUUCGUCACGGAGCUGACCCGCAUCAGCGAGAAGGCUGAGAAGAAAAUCGUCAAUCAGCACCCGAGCGACCAGGAUGGCGUCGACUCAUCGGCCUCCAAUUCCAAGAACGUCAAGCUUGCCCACAGAUCUUCUUUCAACACUUCAGCAGCCACUGGAGGUGAUCUUCACCCCCACCAGCAGCAAGUGAGCGAAGUAGAUGUAGUGGAUAAGUACGAAAAAACUCCUGUCAAUGAUACUGGUGUUGAUGUCAAGGAGUAA